GUUACAUUAAAGCCGAAAGGUAAGAAACGUGGUGACUGUCUUUUACAGAAACAGUCACGUUGAAGUUACUUCGGGCCUGGCUCUUCACGUGUAAACAGUAGCUUAGCUUAGCGGAGCUGCUCGCAACUUUGCUGCAAAGAGAUGAACAGUGAAAACUUCACCCUGAGCGAGAAGAUCGUCUCAACCUCCUACAUCCGACAGGGGUGCCAGGCGCGCCGCGGCCACGAGCAGCUCAUCAGACACUUACUCGAGCAGGGAAAGUGUCCAGAGGAAGGAUGGAGUGAGAGCACCAUCGAGCUCUUCUUGAACGAGCUGGCUGUGAUGGACAGCAACAAUUUCCUCGGCAACUGUGGCGUCGGGGAGAGGGAAGGCCGGGUGGCUUCCAGUCUUGUGGCAAGACGACAUUACAGGUUGAUCCACGGCAUCGGUCGGUCAGGUGAUAUUGCUGCAAUUCAGCCAAAAGCUGCAGGAUCCAGCCUGCUAAAUAAACUGACAAACUCCAUUGUGUUGGACAUCUUGAAGCUCUCAGGUGUGCGCAGCGUGGCGAGUUGCUUUGUAGUUCCUAUGGCAACGGGAAUGAGCUUGACUUUGUGCUUUCUGACCCUUCGCCACCGGAGACCCAAGGCUCGCUAUAUUAUUUGGCCUCGCAUCGACCAGAAGUCCUGUUUCAAAGCCAUGAUCACAGCAGGCUUCGAACCCGUGGUCGUGGAGAAUGUCCUCGAGGGUGAUGAGCUGCGGACAAAUUUGGAAGCAUGCGAGGACAAGGUUAAGGAACUAGGAGCAGAAAACGUCUUGUGUGUUCAUUCAACAACAUCCUGCUUUGCCCCACGGGUACCUGACAGGCUUGAGGAACUAGCAGCUAUGUGUGCCAAAUAUAACAUUCCCCACAUAGUUAACAAUGCAUACGGAGUGCAGUCAUCCAAAUGCAUGCACCUUAUACAACAGGGGGCUCGUGUUGGAAGAAUUGACGCCUUUGUACAGAGCUUGGACAAGAACUUCAUGGUUCCAGUAGGUGGCGCCAUAAUAGCAGGUUUCGAUGAGACCUUCAUUCAGGAGAUAAGCAAGAUGUACCCAGGUCGAGCAUCGGCCUCACCUUCCCUUGAUGUCCUCAUCACCCUUCUCACACUGGGAGCCAACGGCUAUAAGAAACUCGUGUCAGAGAGAAAGGAGAUUUAUUCGUUCCUGGCUCAGGAGCUGAAAAGCUUGGCCUCAGCACACGGGGAGAGAUUGCUUCACACCCCACAUAACCCCAUUUCACUGGCCAUGUCUCUGGAUGGUCUCCAAGCCAGGUGUGACAAAGCAGUGACUCAGCUGGGCUCCAUGCUGUUCACCCGGCAAGUGUCGGGAGCCAGGGUAAUACCACUGGGAAAGGAACAGACCAUAAGCGGACACACAUUCCGCGGCUUUAUGUCACACUCGGAUGUGUACCCCUGCCCUUACCUCAAUGCCGCCUCAGCAGUGGGCAUCACUCGUGAAGAUGUGACGCUGUGCAUCAAAAGGCUUGACAAGUGCCUAAAGACACUGAAGAAAGAGGGAACUGCAGCUGAAAGUAGUUUCACAUCACCGCUAGCGUGCCAGAAGGACACAACUGGAGAGUGACUGACUGGAAAUAAGGCGCUACAACCAUGACUGCAUUUUUUGUUUAUUAUAUGCAUGUGCAUUUUUAUGAAUGUACGGUAUACAUGUAAUUCAAGAUAUCUCCAAGGAAUUCAACAAUCAACUUAUAAGGAAGCCCCAGUGGACAAACCGAUUUCUAAUUAUUUUCUCCAUGUCUGAAGCCGAGCAGCAACCAGCACUUUCUAGCCUGCUAUGAAAUAUUUGUGUGCGUGUGUAUGAGCAUGUGUGUGUGUGUGUGUUUUGAAUGGCACUUGCUGAUGGAUUAUCAAUCCAAACGUGCCAAGACAGAGCUCAGCAACAACAGCUGGCGAUCAAACUGUGUGUCUUAUAAACAAAAAUGACCCAAGCUGAUGUCAUUGAUUAAUACCCUCCUCUGUGAAUGUGCGCUCAUUAGUAGACAAUGUAAGAACAAAACCUGCAUACAAAUGCGGUACACCACUGAUCUAAAGUUAGACCAAAGCAUCUGCAAAGACUCUUGCUGCAUUAUUGUUUAUAUUAUGCUUCACUGUAUGAUGAACUUUGUGCUCAGAAUAGAAUAUUAUGGGCUAAGGCUCUACGCGGCCUGUACCACUUCUGUGUCAUUUUUCUUAAUUAAAGCCAUCUAAAGCCCCCACAGUGCAUUAUUGGAUGAAAUAUGCUAUAAACUAACCAGUCCUUCAGUUUGAAAAACAACGCUAGAAUGUAAUUGACUGCGAGUCCUCUUUUAUUCUUUGCUAGUGUCAGGCAGACUCAUGACCUGUGCACACUUGUUUUGGAAAUACAUGAGGCUUUUACACUCGUUGAUAUAUGAAACAAUAUAGCUUUAUAAUGUAGUGUGUUGUGCUAAUCUUCUGCGGUGUGUUGCAAUGCGAUACCGAUGCUGUUGAACCAUUAACUCCAUUUGAACCCUGUCUAUUGGAUUAGCUUGUUUAUUUCCAGGCUGUAACAGAUAGCAAGUAACAGUUAAUCAAUGACGUACACAGACCCAGAUCAUUCCUGUGUUAAGUAAAGCAAAUGUUCACUAUUAGUCUCAGUAAGGACCUGUACUGUAUAUACUCGUAUCUUUGGAUUUGGAUUCUCCCUCAGCAGAGAACUGUCACCAGGGGAAUUGAUCUUUAAU